UAUAAACGCACAAAUAAAACACAUCACCUCAUCUAACUCUAACGCAGAGGAAUAUUUAGGUCCUCCUACAUCUAUUAAUCUAAUUUGACCGCUGAAGCUUGUCAUUACAUCUGAUUUAGAUUGUAGAGCAAUUUCCAUCACAGUUGCUACUACGAGCACGCAAUGCAUGUCCAAGUUUUCGCUAGUGCAACAUACUUAUUGUGGUUCUGGUGAAAUCAAAGAUGAGAAGGACUUGGUGCUUCCUUCUGAUCGGCCUUUUUUUGGGGGUUUCUGGUUUUGAGUAUGGAGAAAACGAGAAAGAACCCGUUUACCUGACGGCCACUAUCGGAGGCUGGGUGGUUUUGAGCUGCGAUGUGGAUUUUCCUGAGAGUAUGCCUAUUCCUUUCAAGCUGUAUUGGAACAAGGACCAACGGACAAUAUUUACAUAUCACAAAGGCGUUAUAACCUCCAAUGAACCCUAUGUGGGACGUCUUAAUUUGGUAGAACAUCCACAUCCCAGAUACGACAUCGUUACAGUCAACCUCACUUCUAUUAGAGAGUCAGAUGAUGGAUGGUUCCAAUGCAAAGUUAAUUUUCCCAACCGAACGCCCAGUAGAAGGAACAGAAAUGGCACUUGGUUCCAUCUUUCAGUGAAUGGAGGUAAUUUACUGGAGAUUCCUCCAAUAAACCAGACCGUAUUGGAGGAGGAAGAAGCACGCUUGACAUGUCUUCCCAAAGACAACGAAAUGAGGGUGGUUUGGUACAAAGAUCGAGUCCCUAUUAAGGAUUAUCCCCACAUGGUUCACAGGAGUUGGACUGAAUUAGAUGGAACGCUAGUCAUAAAACCAACACAUAUGGAAGAUUAUGGCGAAUAUGAAUGCGAGGUUAUUCAUGCCUCGGGUGAAAGGCAAUCAGCCAGAGCAUUUCUUGACAUACAAUACAAGGCAAAAGUAAUUUAUGCUCCACCCGAGAUACACCUGCCAUACGGAAGACAAGCAAUCAUAGACUGUCAUGUCAAAGCCAAUCCGCCUCUUAAAAAUCUUAACUGGGAAAAAGAUGGGUUUCUUUAUGACCCUUACAACAUACCCGGUGUGUUCUACAAGAAGAACGGAAGUCUGUUGAUCAGUAAAGUAGAUGACAGCCACAAUGGUCGAUAUACUUGCACCCCUUUUAACAAGCUAGGUACUCAAGGGCCAUCGUCACCUAUGCAGGUUAUUGUUCAAAAACCACCGGUAUUUUUAUCCCGUCCUAAUAAUAUGUACAUUAAAAAAUUGGGGGAACUCAUAGAAAUACCAUGUCAAGCGAAGGAUGGGGAAAAUGGACACAAGCCCAUCAUAGUAUGGUAUAAGAAAGAUGGAACAUCUUUACCUACAGGAAGAACCGAAAUAAAAAACGGCAAUUUGUCGAUUUAUAACCUUCAAGAAGAAGAUAGAGGGCUCUACGUAUGUUCUGUCACCAACAAGGCAUCAACAAUAACAGCAGAGACAGAACUGCUGGUGGAAACCAUACCCUCGAGUGCACCUUAUAAUUUGACUGGUAUCAGUACAGCCCAUGGUGUUUACUUAAAAUGGUGGGCAGGACGUCAGAGAACAAACGUGAAUUACAGCAUAUGGUAUAAGCCGGUUGAGAGUAAAGAGUGGAAAACCUACGAUGUACCCCCAUCUUCGUACCUUGAUGCCACCAUUGAGAAUUUGGAUCCAGGUAGAGAAUACGAGUUCAUGGUACUCUGUAGGGAUGAAUUGGGCGAAGGGUUGUUUAGCAAGGCCGUUCGAUUGUGGACAAGAAAAUCCAAUGGGGAUGAGCUGCCUACCACUCCGGAAAACUCAUUUAUUCCACCUGUAGGAUUUCCAAGGAAUGUUACGGUAAUACCUGCUUAUAAGGGUUUUCAGGUUUCUUGGCUCCCUCCAGAAUAUGGCUUGGAGAACUUGAAGUUUUACGUUGUGAGAUGCACGCAAGGUGUUGAGGAGUAUCCACUGCUGUCUUAUGAAACUAGGAAUACUUCUCAUAUAAUAUCUGAUCUACCAGAAGGCAAUCAGUAUGGAAUUCAAAUAAUAGCAGUCUCCUAUGAUGAUCAACAAGCAGUCAGUGAGAAAGUUGGCAUGAACAUCCCAGAAUAUAGAAAAGUACAAGCAAUUUCAACUGGUAUUAUUGCUGGACUAGCUUUACUGGUUAUAGUCUUUUCAGUACUCUACUACCUAAAAUCUAGAUGGUGGAAACAGAAAAGAAAGGAGAAAAUGCUAGAAACAAACGGAAAUCUCAUUAAACACUAGUAUAACACUAAGACAAACAAAAUUGAUGUGGGAAUCAAGACAUUCUGGAGUAUCUUCGCAACUUUAUUUAUUUUUAUUGUAUUUUACGAUAAUCUAAGUGUAUAGGUAUCUAGAAUAAAAAGUUGAAUAAAAA